AUGAAGAGCAGAUCAAUAUUCGGUAUUCGAUUCUUUGCCAAAGAGGAGAUUCAGCUCGGCAACCUCAUCCCCAACGUAAAGCAGCCUGAUCUGAACAACCUCCGAAGCCCACUUCCCAUAAGAGACAUAACAGUAAAAGAGGUUGAAGACCUCGUGAGAUCAUCUCAUGCAAACAGCUCCAUCGGUUUGGGCGCUUUUUUAACAACACUCGUUCAGACGACUUUCUCUCGCUCAGAAUCAUCAAACGACGAUCUAGUCGCUCGACAAGGUCGAAUGUACACCCUGAACCAGCCGAAAGCCGUGUUCAAAGAGCUGUGUAAGAACAGAGCGGUGCGGGUAUGGCUUGAGGAGCAGAUUGAAGAGCGGAAUCAAGUGUACUUUGUCAUAGGCGUCGACACGCUUUUCGAAGCCCGCACGAGUGGAGGAGAGGAAGUUGCGUCACAGCAGGCUGCUAACAUCACGGUGCCGGUUGCGGAGGCUCUUGGUGUUCCGGCGGGUGGUGCGAUGGAUGUUGGCUUGAACGCUGAGCACGCACAUAGCCAUGGAACGCACUUGGGCUACCAGGCUUUGGGAGAGAAUAUCUACGCAAUUCGUCUGCAGAAAGUGAAAUUCAGUAUUUGGGAGACAGACGUUGAUAGUGCGAAGCUCCAGCGGGGUGAAUGCUGGUACUCGGUGCCCGAUAAUCGCUCAGCGGAUGUAGGCGAGGGGGAGUAUUUUGGGGCGGAAUUGGUGUCGGAUGUAGAAGAUUUGGAUGAAGAGCAAGAGGUGGAGGAUGGAAAGGAUCUCGUUUAUGUAUUCUCGGGUAAAGAAGUCGUAGCGUAG